UCUGCUUGCAGUUUCAGUGAGAUGACGGCCAAAGAGGGCUCCUGUGUGACGUUCAACUUAACUCUGUCCAAUAUAUGGCGACGUGGGUACAUUGUUUGGUUGAAGGAUGCCAUGUGGAAUGACACGGCAAUGGAUUAUGACGGCAUGAUCGUGUACAGCCUCAAACCUGACAAACCCAACGCGAGUGAAUUUGAAAACAGAGUGUCUGUAGGUUCCACUUGGGAUUUAACGAUCUACGAAUUGACCAUCAGUAACCUGACACUGGAAGAUAGCGGAAAUUAUUCGGUUAGCUUCUACGAUAUAUUUAAUCCUCAUUAUCCAAUGAUCAGCUCGACAAUGAGUCUUGAUGUUCAGGAUUCGCCCAAAGACACCAAGGCGAAAGUUGUUUAUUAUGACAUCAUAAAGGAAGGACAGGCAGUCACCUUCUCCUGCCACAGUAAAGGAAACCCCCAGCCCACAUUGUCCUGGUUUAAACUGGGCCAAGGUGAAAUUGCCAAGGGAGGAGAGUGGAAAUUACCCAAUGUCAAAAUAGAAGAUGCCGGGAGUUACUUCUGCCAGGCUAAAAACAAACUUGGCACUGAAAACUCAACAAACGUUAUACUUGAUGUCACAUAUGCUCCAAAAGAGGUCAGGAUAACGGCGAGCAGGACAUUGGAGGGGAUCUAUGAAGGAGCUGCAGUCAGCCUGACCUGCGAGGUCCAGAGCAGCAAUCCAAGCGUGCGGUCAUACUCCUGGUACAGAGACCACACCGACCUGGGCGAAACUGGCCCAGUGCUCCGUUUCCCGGCCGUACGACCCGAGGACAGAGGCUCUUACCGCUGCCAAGCCUCAAACUCUGCGGGCUCGGGGGAUUCCCCGGAGGUUACGAUCACCGUUCACUAUGGACCCAGAGGCACAAAGAUUAAGGCCAGCUGUUGUGAGAAAGGGGUGAAGGCCGGCGAAAGCCUGACCCUCACCUGCGAGACCGACGCCCGUCCUGAGCCCUACGGCUACACCUGGUUCCGCGUGAUUACAGAGCCUGGUGGACAGAGGGGUCCAGGAAGGACCGAGGUUCCCGUGCCUUCUAACGGACGGUCUGAUGGGCGAGACCUCAGAUUCUGGCAGAUCAGUGCAAGCGACGCCGGGGAAUACACGUGCCAGGCCAAGAACAUCGUCAGCGCUGAAAAAUCCACCGCUCUCCGUGUAGACGUCCUGUACGCUCCAAAAGAGGUCAGGAUAACGGCGAGCAGGACAUUGGAGGGGAUCUAUGAAGGAGCUGCAGUCAGCCUGACCUGCGAGGUCCAGAGCAGCAAUCCAAGCGAGCGGUCAUACUCCUGGUACAGAGACCGCACCGUCCUGGGCGAAACUGGCCCAGUGCUCCGUUUCCCGGCCGUACGACCCGAGGACAGAGGCUCUUACCGCUGCCAAGGCUCAAACUCUGUGGGCUUGGGGGAUUCCCCGGAGGUUACGAUCACCGUUCACUGUGAGUUCGCCGCAGCUGCUCAUGUCAUGCUCUGUGGACUCUGUAUUUAG